UGAAGAACAUGAAGUGGCUAAAAUUCGUGCCAUGCCAAAGAUGUCAAAACGUAGAAGAGGGGCAUGGGUAAUAUUGGUGGGCAAAGGUGACUUUAAACACAAUCUAAAGCAAGGACAGAAAACAAAGGUAUGGUACUUCAAAAGUAUAGGAUGGGAAAAAGAAAUCCAGGCUUAGAGACAAACGACUGCCUGCCUUGUGAAUUUUGUUUAGCAAGUUAUAGCAAAAAGGCGCUAUGGAAGCACCAAAAACAUUGUGUAGCGAAUUCUAGGAUAGGUAAUAUUAAAAGAGGAGCAGCACAGGCCCAUGGCCGCCUUCUUCUUUCCACAUCGUCUUCUUCUCUGGAGAAGAUCUUGGUCACUAUGAAAGAUGACAACAUCACUGCAAUAGUUGAAAGGGAUCCUCUCAUUAAAAAGUUUGGAGAGAGGUUGGUAAGCUAUAAGAAGCCAUCCCUUGCCAUGAAGCUUGGGAUUUCUCUAAAAAAAUGUGCUGUCAUAGCAAGGGCAUUAGCUAUUAAAAAUGACAGCACAGAAGCAGAAAGAAAGGCGUCCCAAUAUUUGGAGUUGCACACAGUAGAGUUUACUACAAUUUCAAGCAAGUCACUGGAAGACCGACAGUGCAACACAACAAAACAGCUACCACUGUUUGAAGAUGUAGUGAAGCUUAAUGAGUAUCUCAGCGACAAAGCAUCAGCUUAUCAAAAAGAACAAAAAAAUAGUGCCACAUAUGUAAAGCUAGCCAAAGUCAACCUACAAGUUAUAUUGUUUAAUCGCAAACGAAGUGGAGAGGCAGAAAAAAUAAAACUAACAGACUACAAGAAUGGUCUCAUGAACGACAUAGCAGACAGUGAAAUUCUAUCACACCUUGACACUUUUGAGAAGAAACUUGUUACCGAGUUAAAACGUGUCGAGAUAAAAGGAAAGCACGGUCGAAGAGUACCAAUACUUCUGACAGAGGGUAUGGUAGCAAGCAUAAAUUACAUGCUGUCAAUGAGAGAAACAGUAGUUGUAGAUGAUGAAGAGCCACUCCUGUUUGCUCGCCCAGGAAACUGUCUGUCUCCUUAUAGAGGACAUAUUGUUGACUCUGAAUAUGUGUGCAAAGUGAAAGACGAGCUGGAGAUAGAUGUAUUGAUAGUGGCAGAUUAUUUAUGGUGUUUCCAGAGUGGGCGUACCAUAAGGAUAGGUCAACCAGUUGCAGUAGAAACGAAGAGGUAUUCAGUGAAAUUGCCAUGGAAGGAGAGCCACAGAACGCUGCCAAGCAACAGUCUAGGAAGAAUGAAAAGCCAGGUUAAGAGGCUGAAGAGGGAGCCAGAGAUACUAGAAGAGUAUGAUGCAAUAGUUAAAGAGCAGCUAAGUUCGGGUAUCACAGAAAAGGCGGUUGAUCUUGAACCAAGAGGAAAAGUUCACUAUCUGCCACACCAGUGUUGA